GCGUGUGGGCUCAGGUUCUAGCUAUGUCUGCCAGAGGGAGGAGCUCCUCUCGCUUUCCUCCGGGUGUGUGCGGCCCUCGGCACGCAGGCGGCGCGCGCGGGGGCAGCGGAACCCGGACGCGCGUGCCCCUGCUUCUGGCCGGGCGCGGGCCGCGGUGCAACACCGGCUCGUCCGGCACCACCCGCUCGCCGCCCUGCCCGGCAUGGCGGAGCGCGGCGAUUCCGAGCCCACCCCGGGUUGCAGCGGUCUGGGCCCGGGCGGCGUUCUCGGCGGCGGCGGCGGCGGCGGCGCCCACUCAUGGGCCCCGGAGGACGCCUGGAUGGGCACCCACCCAAAGUAUUUAGAAAUGAUGGAAUUAGAUAUAGGAGAUGCCAGCCAAGUUUACAUAGCAUUCUUGGUUUACCUGGACCUCAUGGAGAGUAAAAGUUGGCAUGAAGUAAAUUGUGUUGGAUUACCAGAUCUCCAGCUCAUCUGCCUUGUCGGUACAGAGAUAGAAGGAGAAGGGUUACAGACGGUGGUGCCUACACCCAUCAGGGCUUCCCUCAGCCAUAACAGAAUGUUCCUUGUGUACUUCACCAAAGCUAUUCGGCCCAAAGCCAGCCCGAUACCUGUUAAUAUGAAUAAUGGUCCAGAACAGUUUGGAAAGGGAGGCAAGCCAGCUGUGACUGUCUCAAUAAUAGACUUGCCCUCAUUGAUGCCAACGUUGCCUGCCUCCUUCACGCAUUUCCUUCAAAAUGUGCAUGCUCUGUCAUUUGGCAAGCACUGUCACAGAACCAAAAGCACCUGCAGGGUGACUUGUCAUCAAAAGGAGGUUUGUGCAGUCGAAACGCACUGCCAUGCGGGGCUGGAUUUACAGGGCCGUCCUCGGACCCAUUGGCAGGAACCAGCACAAGGAAUGGCCCGCUUCCAACCCAAGCCAGCAUUCCACUUUCCCACCAGCUCUGAAUUCACCUCUCCUAGAUGCACUCACGUCACCGCAUGGCCUGUGGAGACAUCCUCUCUCCUGUCCUCUGAUUGCUGCACCAGGCACUGGACAUAUAAGAAGCAAAAGAGGCCAAGAUGGGGCGGAGGUCUCAGGAGAGAGACGAGUUAACCACAUGGAGCUGCCUGGUGAUCUUUGGUGAGGAGUCAUUCCUCCUACUGCAUCUGGAUGCCUCUCGUCCGUCUCCCGCCGCACACCGGACUUAACCUCUCCACAGCACCUGCCGCCCGGUACUAAGAUUGUCGACCUCUGUCAAUCCUCGUGACGGGACUGUAAGCUCCUUGCAUUCAGGCAUCGUGUUUUUCUCAUCCUUAACAACUCCAGCGCUCAGGAGAGGUGCUCACAGUGCACAGAACAUGCUCAGUGAAAGAUUCCUGAGUGCAUAAGUAACUUCAGCCUUGGAAAAAAUUCUUUAAUUUAAAUUCAGCAGCAGACUUUCUUGAACUCAAAAAGAACAAAACAAAACAAAAAACUAGGGACAAAAGGCUUUGAACUUCUUGCCCAUGUUUCUCUCCUCAAGGAGCAUAUAUUGUCAAAGCCUGCAUUCCAACUUCUGGGGUUUACUAGAAUCUUGGACUGGGAAGCUCCUGGUCUGUUAAUGAUCCACUGUAUUCCCCAGUGGGAUGUAUGCAGCCCAACCCCCUGACAUCCCGGUUGGGGGCCAUGCUGAUGUUGCCAAGAUACUGAUGCCACAGACAGACAUACCCUGACACAGAGACACCUUUUUCCCGGUUGUAAUUAACAAGAUAUUGAUGGCCUCCCCUUAGACAGCCAUCUAAAUACAAAUAAAGCAGGAUGAGCUAAGAGGAUAAAGUGCAAAAACCAGCUUCUUUGUGUAACAGUUCCAUAAUAUUAUCUGGGAGCCAGCCCAACGUUCUGGAAAUCACUCAGAAGAAUCAGGCAGUCCUUUCCUUCCGAGGGCACUUUUAUGCUUGCAAAACCAUCAUCGUCAUCAGCUUCGAUUAAUAUUGACUGAUGUAUAAUCACCAUUCAUUUUAUUAACUCUUGCCCAGGACUACUUAUAAACAUCAGGACUGCUAUUGUACAACUGGGGAAGCAGAGGCAUAGAGGGCUUUGGUAACUGGCUUAAGGCCACAGUUUAAAUUGGGUGUUGGGCUGAGACCAGGAGGCCCAGAUCUUUCAUACCCAGUUCCCCUGCUGAGAAGGGCUGUUGCUUUGGGGUUAGCUGGGGGAAGGGAGUGGAUCUGCCUCACCUUUGUUCGCCCAGCAGACAAAGUGAGCCACCUGGUCACUCUCCCAGACACUGGGCAAGAAGCAAGCUUUUGAAGAGGGAGCCAGCUCACUUUUCUGACACAUGUCACAUCUCGCACCGAAGGGAGAGACCCACUGCCGCCUGGAUUGUCCACUGGGGCAUGUCACAAUCUAGAUGGCAUAUGAAAGACAAAAAGCUCCCUUGUCAUCUGCCUUUCACUCUACAGAGAGACAGCCCCGAAAGUGUGAGACGCGGCAUCACAUAUUAAUGAGGGGGAGCAUAUGUAGCAUUUUGAAGCCAGGGGCCGGGUGUGGCUGUGAAGACAGUAGCUAAAAAGGAGGUUUGGGCAAGAUUUGAGAGGCAGGUUCUAGGCUCAGACCCUGAAAAUGAAUCAGUAAGAUCAUCUCGCCUCCCUCCAGCCAGCCCUCCUGGUCACCCCCGCCCCCUGCCUUGGUGCUGCCACAUGCAGUUUCCUGGGCCGGAGCUCCCCUGUUCCGUAGCCCCUGGGACUGGCGGGGCAGGGAGGUGUGCCCACCACCCUGAGAACAAGGAUGUAUGCGCAGAGCAGCCUGGGAUCAACAGUCUGCAAACUAGAAAACAUGCAGCAUCUUCUGAUCCACUCGUUUUCCGCCUUUCACACAUGCCAUAUCCCCUUGGGCAGCUCGCUGUUUAGAUUCCAUUUUCCAUUGAUCUGUCGGGCUGUCUCCUGGACAUCAGUCUUGAACAAAGGCUCUCUUUACUUCUUACAAGAGGUGAGGCACCUCCCACCCUCCUGCUCAAGACCCUCUGGGUUGAUCCCACCCCUUUACAUCUUGAAGUUGAAGAGAAUAAGUCCUUUUUCUUCCACGGGCCAUUGUCUGGAUGCUGGUGACAGCUCUUGACGUCUCCCCCUCACCUGCUCCUGGUCCCAGCUCCUGCCGCCAGUGCCCUGCAACACACCGGGUACCUUCUCCAGUCAGCUUCGAAAGCGGCCAAGUUGUUCUCUCUCCCCAUUAACAGCUUUUGGCCUGCAAAAGCCAAAACCAGUACCAGAGUUACAUAACCGUUCAAGGUAACGGAGGAUUUGUCACAGGGCGGAGUGUGAUUAAUGGCUGAAUGAACGACACAGGACACAGCCCACCUCGUGGCUAUGGGAGUGGAGCCUCCCCAGGUCCUUUCUGGAAGAGAGCAGGGCAUGCAUUGUAAACAAGCAUAAAUGAACAAGUUGGCUGAGAGGAAAGAGGUCGGAGCCGACGGAGGAAAUUAAGUAAUGUGCCUGUGCAUGGCCUGUGACCGACUGGACCAUCCAGGAAAUAUUGGGCCAUAAAAAGAUAUUACCGACUUACUCAGUCAAAAACCAGUUGGCUAUUGAUUACUUCAUAUGGUUCAACUUAAACAUCGUGGUGUUUGGUAAACAUCUCUAUACUUGCCUGAAAAGUUAAUGUGGCUCUUUCUGUGAAUUAGAAGCUAAAUCUGGGGCCUAGCUUUGCUCUCUUAUUUGGUUAUUGGUACUGACCGCAAACACUUAUUUGUGGUAUCCUUUCUAUGUACCUUACAUACCACAUGAAUUGUCUCAUUUCAAACUUAUAAAACCUGUGAAUUAGGUAAUUUUUAUUCUUAUUUCAUUCAGGAAACCAAGGUUUGGAAAGGGUAAGUAACUUGCCCAAAGUACGUGGUUGGUAAUCGGUGGAGCCGAGAUGGGACCAGGGUUCAUCUGGUUCCAGAAUCCACGCUUGGAAUGCAAUUCACGAGUCCGAAUCAUGUUUUCGUUGUCGCUCCAACCCCAGCUGCCCAGUCAGCUUUCCUAUUUAUAGUUGAUGUUUAAGAAACACUUAUUGAAUCAAAAACUAAAUACACACAUUCAAAAGCUCAGUCACUGUUCUUCCAAAACAUGGGAUUCCCACACAUGUAUAUUCUCAUGCAUCCCCUUCACCACCCUGCCCUUAGUUACUGGGUAUCUCUGGCCCUCAUGUUCUCUUCUAAUACACAAACAUUUAGUGAGUAUAUACUGUGUGAGAGGUACUGUCCUGAGUAGGUUUUCUUGCGCCUUUAAUUUCCUCAGUUAAAAAAUUAUUCGAUACACACAUAUAUGUUUAUCAGCACCCACUGUGUGCCUGCUCCUAUAUUCUGGAAUCAUGGAGACAAAUGAGUAAUCUCUCCUGCUUUCCAUGAACACACAAUUUGGAAAUAAAGAGUAAACCUUAGCAAGUCCCUGUCCGACAGUGUGGAUUGGAGCAAAAUAAUCAAAGAAUACACAGGGUACACAAGGCAGGAUCCAUGGAGAAGCAAUUAACUCAAGGGCGUCAAGGGGACUUCCCAGAGAGAGCUAAGCCUCACUGUUCCAUAAGCCCAGGACACGGUGCCAGGCAGGUAGGAGAUAUUCAGUCCAUUUUUAUAAACAGAAUCACGUAAACAAACAUCAUUGUGGAGAGGGACAUGACAUGGAAAGUGGCUGAAGAGUUUACUUGGCUCAGUGACUUGUUCUCUGCUGAGCAGUGGGGAGUCCCGAAGAAGGUAAAAUGGAAGAGCCCAGGAUCAGAUUUGCUGGAUGUGUGGCUGGUACCGGUGACAUAGAAAAAGAGGUAGAAGGAGAGAAAUGUGCUGGGUGGGAACAUUCCUUGCCAUUCCAGAGUGAGGGACAAGAUUGGAGGGCAGGGCAGGGUCGCGGCAAGGGUUAAAAGUACAUGCCAGGCAGGGGACUAGGAAUGGGAAGUUUCUUCCAGGGUCACCAUCCUGACCUGCUAUGCCUGGUUUGCUUCAGGAUUCCUCUGGCUUCCUUUUUAUGUCGGUACCUACAUUUAUAUCCUACUUUGUAAAUUUGAAGUUCUUUCCAAUAAGACAAAUAUAUAAUCAAUUUAUUAAAAUAAAACCAGAUUGCAUCCAUAUCAGAAGGCAUAGAUCAUAUAUAUCAAAUCUAUUACUUAUUAUGUUAAGCUU